AUGGACCACGACGAGAAGGUUACUCCUCAUGGUGAGAAGGCCAUCGUCCACCCGUCCGUUGGGUCGGGAAGCGAGCCUAACGCUGGUGAAUGGCGCGACCAGGAGGAUUUUAUGACGCGUAAUGGCUUGAACUUGAAGUCUUUCCAGCGUCGUCCCAAGGGCGGUCCAAUGGUCGUGCUUGACAAGUCUAUGAAGACACGCCAUCUGCACAUGAUCGCUAUUGGUGGUUCUAUUGGCGCUGGUUUCUUCGUUGGUUCUGGUGGUGCCCUCAACAAGGGUGGCCCUGCUUCGCUUUUUCUCGACUUCUCCAUCAUGGGUAUCAUGAUCUUCAACGUCGUCUACGCUCUCGGUGAACUCGCUAUCAUGUACCCGGUCUCUGGUGGUUUCUACACAUACUCCACUCGCUUCAUCUCGCCGUCUUGGGGUUUCGCCAUGGGCUGGAACUACGUCUUCCAAUGGGCCAUUGUCUUGCCGCUGGAACUGGUCGUCGCUGGUAUCACUGUCCAAUAUUGGGAAGGCGCCCAAAACGUACAUCUGGCCGUCUUCAUCGUCAUCUUCUGGGUCUUCAUCAUCCUCAUCAACGUGUGCGGUACACUGGGAUACGCCGAAGAAGAGUUCUGGUCAUCCUGCCUCAAACUCGGCGCGACCGUCGUUUUCAUGAUCAUUGCUUUGGUGCUCGUUCUCGGUGGAGGACCAUCCAGCGGCCAGUACAGCGAAUACUGGGGUGCACGUACUUGGUACAACCCCGGCGCUUUCAACAACGGCUUCAAGGGUUUCUGUGGCGUGUUCGUUACUGCUGCUUUUGCCUUUUCCGGUACUGAGUUGGUCGGUCUUGCUGCCGCUGAGACAGCGAACCCUCUCAAGUCACUCCCUGGUGCCAUUCGACAAAUCUUCUGGCGUAUCACUUUGUUCUACGUGCUUGGUCUCACCUUUGUCGGCCUUCUCGUCCCCUACGACGACGAUCGUCUUCUGGGUUCCCAGGGUGAAGGUGCCCACUCUUCGCCAUUUGUUAUCGCUGCCAACAACGCUGGUCUCAUUGGAUUCGACAGCUUCAUGAAUGUCGUUAUUCUUGUUUCUGUCGUCUCCAUUGGUGUUUCCGGUGUUUACGGUGGUUCUCGUACUCUCACUGCUCUUGCUGAACAGGGGUACGCCCCGAGCUUCUUCACCUACGUCGAUCGUUCCGGUCGACCGCUCUUCUCUGUAAUCUUCAUUCUUAUGUGGGGCGCUCUUGGUUUCAUGCAACUUUCUGCCACUGGUGAAGUUGUGUUCAACUGGCUUGUAGCGUUGUCCGGUCUUGCCGCUCUGUUCACUUGGGGCUCCAUCUGCCUGGCCCAUAUUCGCUUCCGUAAAGCCUGGAUCUACCAUGGACACACACUGGAUGAGAUCCCGUUCAAGGCAGCCGGUGGUGUUUGGGGUUCUUGGCUCGGAAUUUUCAUCAUUGUCAUGGUCCUGAUUGCUCAGUUUUACACUGCCAUUUCGCCCAUUGGCAAGAACAUCGGAACCGCUGAGGAUUUCUUCAUGUCCUACCUUGCUCUCUUCGUUGUUGCCGCCUUCUGGAUUUGCGGUUACUUCUGGAAGGGUACGUUCUGGCUCAAGACUGCUCAGAUGGAUGUCGACACUGGUCGCAGGGAGCUUGACUGGGAGUUAAUCAACAGGGAGCGUGAUGAGAUGAAGGCAUGGCCCGCCUGGAAGCGUACCAUGGCUCGCAUCUUCUAG